CUGGCUCGUGCGCGCGCGCGCGCGUGGCGUCUCCGUCCUCCCGGAGUAGGCUCCCCGGCCUUCCCGGACGCAGGCGCUGCGGCGGCCUCACCUGCUGUCCAGCCCGCCUUCUCCGGAACUGGCCAAGCGCGCGCACACGCUUCGCGUUACCGUGGUUACGAGAAAGCGGGGGUGGGGGGGGAGAGGAGACACCUUAACGCUACGCGUCCCUUCUCUAUUCUCGCGAGAGCCCGCCCGGCGUCGAUCCAUUUCCGGCCCGUAGGCCUGAGUCCGUUCCCGAAAGCCCUCGGUUCCGGGGUACCACACUUCCGGGCGCGGCUUCUCUUCCGCCUGAUGGGGCGAGUUCCAGGCUGAGCCCGGAUGCUGCGGAUGCUGCGUGGCUUGCGGGGCGUGGCGCACAGCGACUGCAGAUGAGAGAGUCCCCGAGUUGAAUGUCUCAGCGAUGGCUGCUCCCUGGAGGUGCGCCCUGUUGGUGGUCCUGGCGUCCCAGGUGGUGUCCCUGGUGAAAUGCUUGGAGGAGGACGACGACGUUCCGGAGGAGUGGCUCCUUCUGCACGUGGUCCAGGGCCAGAUAGGAGCCGGGAAUUACAGCUACUUGCGGUUGAACCACGAGGGUAAGAUUAUUCUCAGGAUGCAGAGCCUCAGAGGGGAUGCGGACCUGUACGUCUCCGACAGCACUCUGCACCCAAGCUUCGACGAGUACGAGCUGCAGUCGGUCACUUGCGGCCAGGAUGUGGUGUCUAUCCCGGCGCACUUCCAGCGCCCGGUGGGGAUAGGAAUUUAUGGGCACCCGUCACACCAUGAAAGCGACUUUGAGAUGAGGGUAUACUCUGACAGAACUGUGGAUCAGUACCCAUUCGGAGAGGCUGCCUAUCCUGCUGACCCCACAGGAGCCGGUCAGAACCAAGCUUACGCUCCAGAGGAGGCAGCCCAAGAAGAGGAAUCAGCCCUCUGGGCGAUAUUGAUUAGCGUUUUGAAACUGGUGCUUGAAAUUCUCUUCUGAACCCUUAUUUGCACGGAGCUAUUAGUUUGCUGCGGACCUUGACCUGGUGAAAUUCUGGUUACUUUCUCUAGACUAGGAUGGAAAAAUAAAGCCAUACAGUUUUGUUACCUCAGUUUACUCCCCCACGCAGGAAAAGCAGCAAGCACAAUAUUUUAGAGAUUAAAAUUCCUAUAAAAAGGAGUCUGCUCAAUAAAAUGUUUAAAUGCAUUUUGGUUAGUCAGGUGAGUAAGAAGAUUAUUGCAUUAGCAGGCUGUGUAAGUCAGAUUUGUACUAGUGCAGAUGAAAUAUAAAGGCUCAUGACUGUAGAAUGUCUUCUAUAGACAUACUAAAAUGGAGUACAGCCCUUGCAGUUUUAAAGAGGUUCUAAAGCCAGGUCGGAAAUGCAAUGACAGCUUCUUCCCAGAGCCUGUGUGCACAGUAGGGAUGUGGCCCCUGGCACUCGAGCCAGCUUUCCUGCCAGGCAAGCAUUGACACAGUUUGUUGUCAUACCAGUUGUACCAGAUGUUGGGCCCUCUGCCCUUUCCUGUUGGCCAGACUGGAGUGCUCUGGUUAUUGAGUAACUGAUACUACCUGAGCAGGUCAAAGAUAGUCGUGGCAGACAGUAACUUUUCAGACUCAAGAAGAAAUAUUUCAAAUUAAGUUGCUACCUCUUUCUGCUGAUCUCUGGAAAAAGACAGCACUAAGAGACUAAAAUCUGGGGAAAUGAGCCAUUUCUCUGACUUUUUCUUUCAAGGGUACGAGUUGCUAAUAAUGAAAUAAAUAAACUUGAAGAUGUUUAAGGUCGUAGUUAAUUUCAAAAAAAGUUCUUUAUUGGCAUAAAAAUGAAAGUGUAAAUAAAUUGGCACCAAAUAUCCCAAACUGAGGGUGGGGUCAAAACCCUAUUUUAUCCCUCUUUGCUGUUUUUUCCCCUUCUGCCCACUUUCCUGGGUGUUGGGGGAGCUCGCUGACAACAGUCACAAAUCCAGCGACCUAGGAGAAAAAUUGUUAGUUAAUAUGGAGUGGAAUUCUAUUUUUAUAGGACUGAGUACAAACCACCUAAAUUCAUUCCUGAGCUGUCCUCUCUGGGAUUUUUUUUCCAGUGGGGAGGGAAGUACUGAGUUCCUUAAGCCAAGGUAGAAAAUGUAAACAACCCUUAAUCAGUGUAACCAAUGCAGUGUGGAAUUCAGUGCACGGACAAGAGGGGAAAGAGCACGAAACAAUCAUUGGUACCUAAAAAAAUAUAAUGUAAUCCUAAAAUUCAAAUACCAUGCUUUUAAAACCUCAACAACACAAUCCUAAUGAGGAACUUGUUAAUGGACCUGGCUUUCUAUGGCCCCUUCCACUGUUAGGACAGCACUUUAAAACUAGCACCUGUACACACUCUUGAGCUGAAUUACUGCAGAUCCUUGAUUGAUUAUUCACGUUGCUCACUGACGGAUUCCAGGAAACUGAGUUUUAUAGAGUACUAUACAGUGUUAACUAUGCAACUAAGUCCUUAAAAUUGCACAAUUACCUGUAUGUUUCAAUAGGAUUACUGUGAUUUACUAUUUGAUUCUGUGUCCACCCUAAAGUCAUCUGGAAUUGUCAUGCUGCCUCACUUUAUAGAAAGAUGUCUUAGUAUAUAUAAAGGUAUAGCAGUCACUUUGUUAAGUUUCUAAAUAGACAAACUUAAAAAUAAAAUGAAAGCAUUGAAACAAA